GAUACUAAGUCUAAGUCAAUGGCUCUUAUCUUCUAAUGUCUUCACAGAGCUCUUGAAAUCCAAAAAACUUGUUUUGUUGAGAAAAUAUUUUUCCAUAGUUCCAUGUACAUAGAUAUCUCAAUACAAAACAUACGCCUCGAGAGAGCUAAAGCUAAUCUCAAGAAAAAUGCCGAUUACUGAGAUUAUAGCAGGAGCUACUCUUGGACUUGCUCUCCAAGUCCUUCACGAGGCCAUCAAAAGAGCAAAAGAUAGAUCUAUAACCACGAGAUGCAUCUUGGACCGUCUGGACGCUACAAUCUUUAGGAUCACUCCGUUGGUGGUUCAAGUCGAUAAGCUCAGCGAAGAAGUGGAAGAUUGUCCAAGAAAAGUCAUCGAAGAUCUUAAGAAUCUUCUUGAAAAGGCUGUUUCUCUUGUCGAGGCUUAUGCGGAGCUCCGACGCAGAAACUUACUCAAGAAAUCUAGGUACAAGAGAAGAAUCAAAGAGUUAGAAGCUUCAUUAAGAUGGAUGGUAGAAGUGGAUGUUCAAGUCAAUCAAUGGCUAGAUAUCAAAGAACUCAUGUCCAAGAUGUCUGAAAUGAACACUAAACUUGACGAAAUCACGCGACAACCAUCAGGUUUUCCUUGUUUUAAGAAGAAUCAUAGCAUACCACAAAGUACUAAUCAAACUAUAGUUGAAGAAAUAGACCGAUCCCCAGAAGAAUGUAAUGAAUGUUUGAGCAAUGGAUCUAACCCGAAGUUUGAUAUCCACCUUCGAUGGAGUUCAAGAAAACAGAACACAGAACGUGAGAUUCGAUUCACCUUGAAGUGAUGAUUCUGUUGGACCAAUUUUAAUGCAGCUCAAUGGCUCAUAAACAUUUUUAUGUGUGAAAAAAAUAAAGUUUAGUGGCUCAUUAAAAAUGUGAGGACAUAUAAAGUUUGAGAAAAGUUGGAGUGAUAUAAAUAUAAAUAUAGUUAUGUCUUUAUUCAAAGUGUG